AUGAAAAGAAUUGUUGGAGAUAUCGAUUAUCAACAAAAAGAAAACCCUCAUUCGACAAGAAUAUCCAUACCAGCAGCGGAAGAAAAUCGACUAACAGGUAGAUUGCCAAAUAUUAUAAUUUUUGAUAAUCGGCCAACUGCGGAGGAGUCAAUGACUACUGCAUCUUCAACGUCUACACUAAGUAGCAAGCCUGCUUACAUUUCGGCGCGUCAUCGAUUUGAACGGUUACUAUCAAAAUCUGACGGAGAUGUAUCGAUAAAUGAUAGUCAAAUGAUUAGCAACGCCAUUAGAAGUCUAUCGAACUCAACCACCGGUACAAGGAGUAUUAUUGGCGCGAUCGGUACAUCGUCAGAUGAUGAAGAUCUCAGUAAUGAUAGUGUGACUCUUACCUGUAGAUUUUAA